AUGAUGCGAACCGCUCAGGCUCACCGCGCCCUCGAAUGUGACGACGUCCUCGAAGAGAUAUUCUCUUACCUUCGUUUUGACAAUGCAUUGUAUAGCGAUAUCACUUUGAGCGACGCAGACCUUAUCAAGUGGACCCUCGCCAGUGCAGCAUUCGUCAAUAAGACACUCUCUUAUCACGCCCUCAACAACCUCUGGAGGGAGAUCCCCUCGGAGUCCGUUGCUCUCAACGUCUUGCCUUCUUUCCAAGCUAUUUUUAUUCUGUCGUGCAACAAUCCGCACCAGAAACAGACAUACGUGCGUAUUCCGUGCUCCCUGAACGCUGCUUCCUCAUACGACCAACAGGUCAUUAACGGUGAAAUUCACGCCCGUGAUUUAGACCGAUUUCGCCAGUACGCUAUCCGUGUGCGUAGUAUUAAUAGCAUAGAUGAAGAGGUAAAGUUGGACGAUCGCCUCCCCAUCAUCCAGCAUAUUGCUGCCCGGCUCGGCGGUCCUUUCUUUCCAAAUCUCAUGCGCUUGAGAUGGGAUGCGCAAGGUAUACACGCGGUGACUGCAAACACGGGCCGAGUCUUGUUGUGUAUGGCAGGCUCAAAGCUUCGAACCUUGACCCUACGCUCCCCACUGUCUCUUUCGGAAACCCAAGAUAGCCUCUUCUAUCCCCAGCUGUCAAAAAUCGUGCCAGAAUUUGCCGCUGGGUCGGCUCGCAUUCAGGAGAUUUACCUGGAUGGAAUGGAAUGGGAUGAAAAUGUGAAGAGGACGUGA